CAUAGCGAUCGAUCACCCAAUAAUAAAGCUUCAUCAAUCCCCACGAACGAAGUUAACCAUGUUCGGAGAGACCAUGACCUCCGAAUUCGACUCAUCUGUUUUAGAGAAUAUCCAGCAACAUCUUUUACAGAACGAUCUUCAAGACACUGCGUCGUUUUUGACAAAAGUUUACGACGACAAUAGGCCACCGUAUUAUCACCGAAGCUCGAGCUUUAGCAGUCUCUUUCUAACGGAGAGCUGGGGUGACUUGCCUUUUAAGGUGGACGAUGUAACGGGAGCGGGAAUGGAAACGGAAACGGAGUCCGUCGAGUCGGAGGCUGGUGUUGCGGUGGCGCGUUGCCAGGCACAGGCAGCGGAGAAGUACAGGGGGGUGAGGAGGAGGCCGUGGGGAAAGUACGCGGCGGAGAUAAGAGACCCAACGAAGAAGAGCGGCUCAAACUCAAGGGUGUGGCUCGGGACUUACGAGACGGCUGAGGAUGCGGCUUGGGCUUAUGACAGGGCCGCUUUCAAGAUGCGCGGCUCGAAAGCCAAGCUCAAUUUUCCUCACCUUAUUGGCUCGGAUGAGCAUGACUAUGAGCCCAUCAGAGUGACUGCCAAGCGUGGCUCUCCGGAGCCGUCGGCUUCGUCUUUCGCGUCGGAGCCUAAGCCAAAAAGGAGCAAAACUUGACUUGGACGGUGUUCGAAAUUCGAAGUAGACUUGCUGAAACGUGGCGACCAGUUUGGUAGAUGAAUUGUAUAUUUGACCUUUUUUGUUUUUUUUUUUUUUUGUUUUUGUUUUUUUGCUCUCAAAUAUCCAAUCUAAUCCACUUCAGCUGAUAUUUCAAAUA